CAAGCUUUGCAACGCAACAGCACCGACCGGGGUUUAGACUCGGUCUCACAUGAUCUUGUUUUCUGGAUAUUAUUAUGGAGAAAACAUAAAGAGAUUGGCGAUGGGCAGCUGAAGGGGCCGUUUGGUUUCCGGGUUAAAAUGCAGCUAGUAGUUGAACAUUCUCCAAAACUUUAAAACGAAGUUUUGAUUUGUUUUUCUUUGUUCAAAGUUUUUUUUUCUUUAUUGUUUAAAGCUGCAUUUGUAACACCUGCUGUACAGGAAUACACGUUUAUUUUGUUAAGUGGUGUCUAGUUUGUUUUGUUAACUUACAUCGUUUUUCUUUCUUUCUUUUUAUUUGUUGUUGUUGUUUUAACCCGGUAAGCUUUGACAAAUCCAGUGAACAUAUUCUACACAGCCUGAAAAGCUGUGUAUUUUCUGUUUUACAAUUACAAAGAGCUGGGUUUGUGUUGAAGAACAGCCACAGACUUACACCAGAACGAAGCAAUGGCUGUUCCCCGAACAGAAGUGUUCUUGUACGAGCGGGCUGUUGUUUUGAUUUCAUGUUUCUUCUCAUUUUUAGGCUCCUGUUUAAUCAUAUUUAGUUACGUGUUCUGGGCUGAUUUAAGAACUAAACCGAGGAAACUGCUGGUUUUCCUGUCGGUGGCCGACUUGCUCUCUGCUGUUUCUUACUUUUACGGGGUUUUGAGGGAUUUCGAUUCGGAUUCCUGGGACUGCGUGCUCCAAGGCUGCGUGUCUACAUUUGCAAACACAAGCUCGUUUUUCUGGACUGUCGCUAUAGCCAUUUACUUGUAUAUUUUCAUCGUCAGAUCUGACCAGAGGACGGCAAAUAGUUUGAUUUUGUGGUUUCAUAUCAUCAGCUGGUGUGUCCCUCUGGGGAUCACCAUAGCAGCAGUGUCCCUGCAGAAGAUUGGCUACGAUGCGUCCAACGUGUCCGUGGGCUGGUGCUGGGUCAGUAUCAACGCCAGCGACCAAAUUCUCUGGAUGCUGCUCACAGGAAAAGUCUGGGAAAUCCUGGCUUACAUCACUCUCCCUAUCCUUUACAUCCUAAUCAAAAAGCACAUUAAAACUGCGCACGCCGCUCUGUCCGAGUACAGGCCCAUCCUGUCUGCUAGCCCCAUGUCUCAGUCCCAAUCCUCCAUGGCGGACACAAAGCUAACGCUCAUCCCUGUCAUCUUCAUCGCCCUGCGAAUCUGGAGCACCAUCCGCUUCGUCCUCACCCUCGCCGAGUCCCCCGCGGUGCAGAACCCGAUGCUCGUAAUCCUGCAUGGAGUUGGAAACACGUUUCAGGGAGGCGCCAACUGCAUCAUGUUUGUACUGUGCACCCAGGUGGUGCGAUCGCGGCUGGCGUCCGCGCUGUGCUGCUGCAGGUACGAGGCUGGCUGUACCUGCUGCAGGGGAUCCGAUAGCAACCAGCAGCCUGUCGAGACACCACGCACAGAGGAGCUGCACCGUCCUGUCUGGGCUGAAGAGCAGUGACCAGGAUGUUUAUUAACUAGCAGGACACACGCACAGCAGUGCACUAGCAAGUUCAGCACACAGCGGAGUGCCUUAAAGACAAGGCUGUGCUGUACUGUACUGUACCGCAGAGAGCAAAGCACACAUAUGCAAAGGAGGGGUUGGGCUAUAUUUAAAAAAUGAAUAUGUUUGUACUGUAUCGCACUACCAGGUACUAAUGCUGCAUUAGAACCUUACUCGUUCCCUCUCUUAGAAUUACAGUCAUAAUAAUGUGGUUGGCCUUGCUCCAUUUAAAGAUGCCACUGUUUGUACUGGGUCACCUGCAUUGCAUUUUCGUCUAUUCUGCAAAACGUUUUUCAAGUAUAUUUUGCUGUGAAACGCAAGCCUCUUGGUUGAUUGGAAUUGAGGAAGAAUUUGGAAGUUUCAAUAUGCCAGUAUUCUUUGCAUUCAAAAAUUCAGCACCCUGCUUUGGCUGGAAAAGCCACAGCAUGUGUGGAUAUACCCUUUAUGCCAGCUCUGUACAAAAGCAUUGUUAAUGCUUUGGAUUUUUUAAAUCAAUGUUUUGAUACUGCAUUCUGUAGUUCAAUUGUAAAGAGUAACAUGAGAGGCACAGGGCUCUUCACCAGACAAGUGGCUUUUAAGUUAGCUUUAAAGGGUUAUCAAGUGAUUGUACUUGAGAGACUGUGAAGUAGCUAUUGGUGGAGGGAUGUCUUUUAUAACACAAUGGCUCUUUCAAAACAUGUUGCUUUCACAUCCCUUGAAUGUUCUCAACGUAAAAAUGAUAACUGUUCAGGACUAAUCCGAAAACCCAAAACAUGAAGCUAAAGCAAUUUUAUUUCUUGUGUUGGUUAGAAGUACGAUCCCGUCAGCUUGGGGUUGUAUUAACUGUCCACCAAGAUUUCUUCUUGAGACGAAGAGAGGAAACAGACACCUUGCUAUCGGAAAUGAAUACAGCUAGGAACAGAUUAGACUAAACAGACCCAGACUGUUAUAAAACCUUAACUUGGAUUGUUCCCUUUUCUUGUAGGCUUUCACCACAAACAUUUCUUAAAAACAGAACUCGCCAAUUCCACCCAGCCACAAUUCUCGAAAAGCACCAACAAUCGCAAAAUGAUAAUAUGUGCUAGACCUUAUGGUCCUUUAUUAUUUAAGUUUCAGUUUAAUUCAUAGAGAGAGGGCUGACAUUAAAAAUUGCUCUGCUGGUUUUUAAGGCCUUACCACAGUUUCGGCCUGUACCCAGGUACACCUGUCUGGUUCAGUAUUUACGUUCACACUGAUGAAGGCACAAAUGGUUGGUCUACCUAAAGACUUGUGCUCCCAUCCCUUACUGCCAAAUGAGAUCCAAAGACUUGGGUGAAACCAGGUUAGCGGUUGCAUUGCUGUGAAAUCAGAGCUACGGGAAACAAACGGCUUGUACAUGCUUUGGCAUUGUGCCAAGUGUUUAGUAAUGUGACCUUGCUUUAAGAGUUUCAGAUUGAGUUGAGAAACGUCUCGUUUCCUGUUCAGCUGAAAUCAUGGCUUGCUCUCCCCUGAGCCAGCACUUUGCACAGCCCUGUGAAACCUGAGGCAGCAUGUGUUCUUUCAUACUGUGUGCACAGGGACUGGGUGAACCCCAAUACUGUCUCAGCAGGACAGCACAAGCUUCUCUAUGGGCUUCCUCUUGCUGGGAUUGUUUUCACUUCUCUUAAUCUCUUGAAGCAUUUAUUAGUUACUGAUAUUGAAGAGAGUAUCUGUUUGUGUACUGUUACCCUCAGUUCCCCUGUUCUCUGCAUUUCAUGUUCUUGUUCAAACCUACUUAUCCGCCAUCCAAAGCCAUAUUUAUCAUUUUACAGACUUCCGUGAUUGGAGUAACACACACUGGGCUGACAUCCAUUUGAAUUUAAUAAUGUGGUGAAUUACAUUAAGUGGCAGUGCAUCGGUUCAUUUCAUGCUUGUCAAAUGGGGCCUGUGUCAUUACUCUGGGCUCUGUGCUCAAUGUUAGCAAAGAGCACCUCCAGCCUGACUGACUGCAGUAUGUGUUGCCUGUUCUGAACCAGUGACCUGGCGGUCUGGAAGUAACCUUGCUGCACACAGUUUCCUUUCUGUAUAUGUGUGAUAGCAUUUUCUGAAAACAGCAUUUGUUAGGAAAUUAAGUGUAAUCCUGAAAUAGUGCGUCAGUGGGAGAGAUUUACAGUGACGUGCUGUACGAGGUAGAACACAAGAAAGCGAUUACAAAAAAAAAAGUCCCUCCACAGUUAAGCUAGCUGGUAUUUUCCUCUCAAAAGAACGACUAGCGCAGAGCCCUUUUUUAUGCUCUUUGAAUGCAAUACAAAUUGUUUGCAUUCUAAAUAACUCCCUGUGCUUUGCAGGGUUUUUUUUUUUUUUUUUGCUAAAAUGACCCAGGCACCUUGUUAAUUCAGCAGGCUUCUUGGUAGAUCACAUUGACAGAGAGCAAUGUAUUCUGGUACUUAGUGCAGAUAGCUGCCUUCUGAAUUAUGGAAGCUUCCUCUUGGUUUGGUGGGACAGGGCCCCCUCUGGUGGUGGAACUGGGAACGUUUUACAUGGAAUUGUUCACUGAAUCUGGUUUUAAACAGGAUUUACAAAAAAAGGGGAUGCAUAGGAUUAACUUUCUCUUUGUUGCUUGUAUUAUUAUCAUUUAUGUGAAAGUAGUUCCUUUUGCCAUUAUUAUUAUUUUUUUUUUUGUAGAACAGAUCGAGGUAUAUUAAAUUUUUGGGCGGAACGCUAGCUUCGAUGCAUUCCGUGGAAGAUUCUAACCAUUAAUUAGCCCUAUGGGUUAAUGGUACAGUUUUUAAAAGAGGAGGUUGCAAUCAAAGGCCUGUCUAUGUUUGUUGUGUUUAUAUGUUAAAUGUCUUUUGACCUCUACUGGUCUAUCAAAAAUCAAAAUAAUAAAGGACAAAAUUGGUGAAUUGA